GCCCCACUUCCCGAGACUCGGCCUUUUGGCGUCGGAGGCAAAUCCUUGACUCGAUUUUGCUGGCGCCGUCACGAUUCACCUCUGACUGGAUACCCACGAUAGAUCGUUAUCCACCGACUUUAUCUAAACUCCACCAUGUUCUCGCCUUAUCGACGAUUUCGUCAUCCCGCCCUGUCGGAAUUUUCGGAAUCUAGAAACGUGGUCCUGGAACAACAACCUGGGAUUUUUUUCUUCUGUUUGGCGCUAGCUUACUGUUUUGCCACGCUUGGUAAGAUAGCUCGAGAUGGCUUUUCUGCAAAGAAAAGACGUGCUUUCUUGGGCGAAAAGAAUUACCGGAAAAAGAUUAGGUAGCAACAGGGAGGCCCCGGUGCCGGAACAACUACCUGUAUCGUGAAGAUGCACUAUUCAGUCCGUGACAGCCCAGUACAACAAGCUGCAUUACUAAUUUUGAUACUCGGCAAGGUGGAGAUUUCGAAACAGAAAAAUGGAUUCGAGCGCAAUCUAUGGAGUCGCUCAUGGUUCUGGGCAUUGGUAAUGGAUGCCGCGGAGGAGAAGGGAAGGGGGUGGAGGGGUGGUAUAUAUCUCGUCGUUUCCUCACUCACUCUGAGUUUUGUGUCUGGUCCUGUUCUUUCAUCAUCACCUCUACCUCUACCUCAUCUUUGAUACCCUUACUUGCCAGUCUUUUCCCAGACUUGAUCUCAGCCGCCCUUUCGAAAUAAUCAAAAAAUGACCGACUACAAGUUUGAAGGAUGGCUUGGCCUCGAUGCCAGCUCGGCCGAGGGCAAGAUGCAAUGGGGCGAGUUUGAGCCCAAGCCUUGGGAGGAGACCGACAUCGAUAUCAAGAUCUCUCACUGCGGUAUCUGCGGCAGCGAUCUUCACACUCUCCGCUCCGGAUGGGUCGUCAGAGUCGGUUCUCAAGUCAAGCACCUCGCUCUCGGCGACCGCGUGGGUGUCGGUGCCCAGUCCGACUCUUGCUGCAGCCGCACGGGCAAGCCUUGCGAGGCCUGCGAGUCUGGCCAGGAGAACUACUGCCCCAACAAGCACGUCGGUACCUACAACGGCGUCUACCUCAACGGCGGCAAGUCCUACGGCGGUUACGCCACCUACAACCGCGUUCCCGCCCGCUUCGCAGUCAAGAUUCCCGAGGGCAUCUCCAGCGCCGAGGCCGCUCCGAUGUUGUGCGGUGGUGUGACCACCUACGCUCCCCUCAAGCACCACGGCGCCGGUCCUGGCAAGACAGUCGGCAUCGUCGGUCUCGGUGGCCUCGGUCACUUUGGUGUCAUGUGGGCCAAGGCUCUCGGUGCGGACAAGGUCGUUGUCAUCUCUAGAACAAACGCCAAGAAAGAGGACGCCCUCAAGAUGGGCGCUGACGAGUUCAUCGCUACCGCCGAGGACCCCAGAUGGGGCAAGACCCACGCCAACACCAUCGAUUUGAUCGUCUGCACUGUCAGCCAGACCGACAUGCCGGUACAGGACUACUUCAACCUGCUCAAGUUUGACGGUGUCUUUGUGCAGGUCGGUCUGCCCGAUGACGGCUUCCCAACCUUCCAGCAGAAGCCCUUGAUCUUCAAGCGCAUCAAGAUCACUGGCAGUUUGAUCGGCAGCCCGGAUGACAUCAGGGAGAUGUUCGACUUGGCCCUCGCCAAGGGUGUCAAGCCGUGGAUUUCUACCAUCCCCAUGAAGGACGCCAACCAGGCUAUUGUCGAUUUCGAGAAGGGAGCGCCGAGAUACAGAUUCGUCUUGGAGAACGAGCCCGAGGCCAAGGCUUCCCUUUGAGUGGUAGAAAAUGGGUACAGACACAGAGAUAGACAUAGACGGGGAGUGCGAGGUAG